CUCUUAGUAACACUCCCGCUUGACUGACUCACGACUGAGUCAGAUUGCAAACAAGUAGUACAAGAACGCCCGUAGCGGAAGGGUAGAUGGCAGAACGUGCAAACCCAUCAUCAUGACCACUGCGGCCGAUAGUGAUCCCGAGAAACUCUGGCUGGAGACUCCGCUCAUCCACUCACCGCACAUCUCUGCUCGUCUCAAUUGUAAUGUGUAUCUGAAGCUUGAGCACUUUCAGCCUGGGCAGUCCUUCAAGUCGCGCGGGAUAUCAUACUUCAUCUUGCACGCGCGUCGCCAACGCGGACCUGAUGUUCAUGUCAUUAUUGCCUCCUCAGGGAAUGCCGGCCUCGCUGCAGCGUGCGCGUCCAAGGCACUACGCCUUCGGUGUACUGUCUUCCUUCCAGAGGGUGUCGACGCAUCCACCGUAGAGUUCAUGAAACGAGAAGGCGCAGAGAUCGUCACGGCAGGCAAGAUCUACCUCGACGCCUCUAGAGCAGCAGAGCAGGCUGUAGCGGCCGACUCAAACGCUGUCAUGGUACCUGCAUACAACGAGCCUCUCCUCUGGGAAGGCCAUAGCUCGAUGAUCGCAGAGCUCACCCGACAGCUACCCAACAAAGCCAAGCCGGACGCCAUCUUCUGCAGCGUCGGCGGCGCCGGUCUCUGUGGCGGAGUUAUGCUCGGCUGCAAGUCGGUCGGAUGGGAUGACGUUCCUGUCGUCGCUCUCGAGACCACGGGAUCGAGCUGUUUCUACCAGUCACUCGCUCUCAACCCUGGUGCGUUCUCCACCACAACUGAGCCCGCGAAGGGUGUCCGACCUGUGCAUUGCGACAAGUACGACGUGACCGUUGCGCACCUUCCCACUCUCACUUCACGCGCGACGUCGCUAGGUGCGAGCUCGCCUGCUUCGGGGUCCGUGCGCAUGGCGCUUGACAGAAAGGGCGGCAUAAAGAGUGUCUGCGUAGACGACGAACUAGCUAUGCAAGCUGGACUACUCUUUGCCAACGAACACAAGAUACUCGCGGAGCUCGCCUGCUCGACCACGCUCGUACCGGCGUACUCCCGCGAGCUGUUCAACAAACUUGUACCACCGUCCACGUCUGGGGAUCCGCGAACCGUCGUCUUCGUUGUGUGCGGAGGGUUCAAGAUCUCGGUCAUGGAAUUCGACGAGUAUCGGACCAUCGUAGAGAGCAAGUUGAAGAGACAGACACACUGGGAGGUUUUGUGUAAUGGUGAGCAGUGGAAGAUUGCCGUGUGAGCACUGGGUU